UCCGUCAUAUUAUUAGCCCAUGCAAAACUAUCGUGCUUCCGAAGAAGAACCCUAACAUUCCCAUUCCCUCGAUUCGAUUCUCGACCCAACUCCAAUCCUUUCUGGAUUCAGCGAGCACUUCAAUUUUGUAUUCUCUCUCAAUUCAAUUCAAUUCAAUUCAUUUUCUGAUUGUAAUUUGGGAUUUAGGUUUUGUUUGCUGCAACAUGUCUGAUGAACGAUUGACGCGUAUUGCCAUCGUUAACAACGACAAAUGCAAACCGAAAAAGUGUCGUCAAGAGUGCAAGAAGAGUUGUCCUGUCGUCGGAACCGGAAAAUUAUGUGUUGAGGUUACUUCUGCGUCCAAGAUUGCUUACAUUUCCGAGGAAUUGUGCAUUGGAUGCGGUAUUUGUGUUAAGAAAUGUCCUUUUGGAGCCAUCGAAAUUAUCAACUUGCCAAAAAAUUUGGACAAAGAUACCACUCAUAGAUAUGGUCCUAAUACCUUUAAGCUUCACAGGUUGCCGGUUCCCAGACCGGGGCAAGUGCUUGGUUUGGUUGGGACAAAUGGAAUUGGGAAGUCCACUGCACUUAAGGUUUUGGCUGGAAAACUCAAGCCCAACUUGGGUCGUUUCACGGAACCCCCUGAUUGGCAGGAAAUUUUGACCCACUUUCGAGGAUCUGAAUUGCAGAAUUACUUUACUCGCAUUCUAGAGGAUGAUUUGAAGGCUAUCAUUAAGCCUCAAUAUGUUGACCACAUUCCAAAAGCUGUGCAAGGGAACGUGGGGCAGACGCUAGACUCAAAAAAUGAGAGAGAUAUGAAGGAAAAACUUUGUGCUGAUCUCGAGCUUAAUCAAGUUAUAGAUCGUAAUGUUGGUGAUCUUUCAGGGGGUGAGCUCCAAAGGUUUGCCAUUGCAGUUGUUGCCAUCCAAAAUGCUGAGAUAUACAUGUUUGAUGAACCUUCCAGUUAUCUUGAUGUGAAACAGAGGCUGAAAGCUGCGCAAGUUGUUCGGUCAUUGCUCAGGCCUAAUAGCUUUGUAAUUGUUGUCGAGCACGAUCUUAGUGUUUUGGACUACUUAUCAGACUUUAUUUGCUGUUUGUAUGGCAAACCUGGUGUAUACGGUGUUGUGACACUCCCUUUCUCAGUCAGAGAAGGAAUUAAUAUCUUCUUGUCCGGCUUCGUUCCAACAGAAAAUCUUAGGUUUCGGGAGGUCUCUCUUACUUUCAAGGUUGCAGAGAAUCCACAGGAAACUGCUGAGGAAGCUCAAACUUAUGCUCGAUUCAAAUACCCAACCAUGACCAAAACUCAAGGCAAUUUCAGGCUUCAUGCAGUUGAAGGAGAAUUUACAGAUUCACAGAUUAUUGUGAUGCUGGGCGAGAAUGGGACAGGAAAGACAACAUUCAUUCGUAUGCUGGCUGGUUUGUUGAAACCCGAUACUACAGAAGGUGUAUCUGACGUGGAGAUGCCCGAGUUCAACGUAUCAUACAAACCUCAGAAAAUUAGCCCAAAGUCCCAAUUACCUGUUAGAUACAUGCUACAUCAAAAAAUCCGUGAUGCAUAUACUCAUCCCCAGUUUAUAUCAGAUGUGAUGAAACCACUACUUAUUGAACAGUUGAUGGACCAAGAGGUUCAGAAUCUUUCUGGUGGAGAGUUGCAAAGAGUUGCCUUAUGCCUUUGUCUUGGAAAGCCUGCAGACAUCUAUCUGAUAGAUGAGCCAAGUGCAUAUCUUGAUUCAGAACAGCGUAUUGUUGCUGCAAAAGUCAUUAAGAGGUUUAUUCUUCAUGCAAAGAAAACAGCCUUUAUCGUUGAGCAUGAUUUCAUCAUGGCAACUUAUCUUGCUGACAAAGUUAUCGUUUAUGAGGGUCAACCUUCAAUUAAUUGUACUGCAAACUGUCCACAAUCAUUGCUUACCGGGAUGAACCUUUUCUUAUCUCAUCUUGAUAUCACAUUUAGAAGAGACCCAACUAAUUUUCGCCCAAGGAUCAACAAACUUGAAUCAACAAAGGACAGAGAACAAAAGAAUGCUGGGUCUUAUUAUUACCUUGAUGACUGAGUUUAACAAUGGAGGUCUGUCUGGGUAACAAUGGAGGUCUGGACGAUGAUCUGGGUAACAAUGGAGGUAUGGCUAACAAUGGAGGUGGUUUUGAUGGUUUCAAUUUUGAUGGAGCUUAUGCAGAAUGAUUAGUAUUUUUUUUUAAUUCACCAGAUUUACUUUUUUGCUCCCAUGGUACAUGUUGGGAAUCUUGGUUUAGCUUUGUUUUUAUGUUCUAGAAACAUGGUUAAUUACUUUGAUUGUUGAUAGUUUAUAUUCAAAAUAUAGUAAUGACCAUUAUCCUCUCCGAAGAAAAGUGAGUACGUUGAUAAAACGAAUAUAACGAGAAUAAUAACAUUUAAAUAAUUUCCUAGAUGUGUCAUAUUUAUGAUUGGGACUUUUAUACUCCAAAAUUUGUACGGAAAUGAUGUUUUACAGCUAUUUAUAAUAGUUUUGGGACAAA